GAAUCAUUCCUAACUGUUUAUGUUUGUGUUUCUUGUGCAGGUUUAUGUAUGUUCCAUCAUCCCAUUGCUCGAUUGGUAUGUCGACAGUAAGAAUCUAUUACUGUAGCAGCAGUGCUGGAAGGAUGUUUCUCCACCCCAAAGGAAGCCAAUUUCGGUCAACCUAAUGUUGAAGUCGAAGUUCUGCUGCUGGAUGAGUUGAUGUUGGAGUCUGGAGGCCUAUCAAAGUUGCUAACUUGUUGUUGCUGCACAUGGAGAUGGAGUAUUGGAG